UUGACUUCCCUCAUAAUUUUCUUGUUUAUAAAUUCCUCACCCAAAUCCUCUCAUUUCUCUCACACACAUUAGUUCCCUCUUUAAUCCACCCAAACUUAGUCACCCAUAGCAACCAACCAUGCACAUCUCUUAUUAUCAGAAAUCUUUCACUACUUUAAUGGAGAGCCCUACAAAUUCACCAUUCAGGAAGUUACCUCAUAAUCAUCAUAAGGUAUCCAAUGGUUUGGUGAUGAUGUCAUUGAGGAACUACAAUUUUGUGGCUUGCUGCCAAAGUAAAGGCAAUCAUAUGAGUCCAAAUGGUUUUCUUCAAAUCGCGACAAUGAGAUCAUCGGUGGUGACGGCAAAACACCAAAAGAAGAUGGGGCUCGCGGAUUUGGUGAGUUGUGAUGAAGCAAAAGGAAGCACGAAUGUGAAGGGCCUUGAAGCUGGAGUUGGAAUUGCUAAGUUUCUAAGAGGGAAGAGUUUCUUUAUAACCGGUGCAACAGGCUUCCUUGCCAAAGUUCUCAUUGAGAAGAUUUUAAGGACGACACCAGAUGUUCAUAAAAUUUAUGUCCUUAUUCAAUCUAGCAACAAGGAAGGAACCUUUGAUAGAGUGAAGAAUGAAAUUCUAAAUACAGAGCUCUUCAGGUUAUUGCAAGAAUUUCAUGGAAAUGAUUACCCAGACUUUAUGAUGAAGAAGCUGAUACCUGUAAUGGGAAAUGUGAGAGAAGCUAAUAUGGGGAUUGAGACUGCAGUGGCUGAGGAGAUUUCAAAGGAAGUUGAUGUUAUAGUGAAUUCUGCUGCAAACACAACUUUUGAUGAGAGGUAUGAUGUUGCACUUGAUAUAAACACCAUAGGACCUAUUCGUCUCUUGAGCUUUGCAAAGAGAUUCAAGAGACUUAAGCUCUUCUUACAAAUAUCAACAGCUUAUGUGAAUGGAAAAAGACAAGGGAGGGUAAUGGAAAAGCCUUUUCUCAUUGGAGACAACAUAGCAAAAGAGUUGGUCUCUCAUGAAAUUUCAGCAAAAUCCAUGCCAUGGUUGGACAUAGAAGCCGAGAUUAGAUUAGCUUUCAACUCCAUGAAGGCUCCUGAUGAUGCAUUUUUUAUACAGGAGAUGAAGGAUCUUGGCCUGAAGAGGGCAAAUAUUUAUGGAUGGCAAGAUACAUAUGUCUUCACGAAGGCGAUGGCAGAAAUGGUGAUAGAAUGCUUGAGGGGUGAUAUACCAGUUGUGAUAAUUAGGCCUAGUGUUAUUGAGAGCACAUGGAAAGAACCUUUUCCUGGUUGGAUGGAAGGAAAUAGAAUGAUGGAUCCUGUUGUAUUAUACUAUGGAAAAGGCCAGCUUACUGGUUUUUUGGCAGAUCCAAAAGGAGUGCUUGAUGUGGUACCUGUUGAUAUGGUGGUGAAUGCGACGUUAGGAGCGAUGACAAAGCAUGGGUGGACAAAGGAACCUGGAAUUCACAUAUAUCAUGUUGCCUCUUCCAUAGUGAACCCUCUAACCUUUCAAGAGUUGGCUAAUCUCCUUCACCAACACUUCAAAUCUUUUCCUAGCCUAGAUUCGAAGGGGCGACCAAUCGAAGUCCUUCAAAUGAAGCUCUUUGAUGAUGUGAAAAAAUUCUCUAGCUAUGUUAAUAGCAAUUUAAUGCAACAAAUGUCCCUGCACGAGAAGGUGUCCAAGAAGUUCCAGAACAUUUGUAUGAAGAUUGUAGAUCAAGCCAAAUACUUAGCUAACAUAUAUGAACCAUACACUUUCUAUGGUGGAAGGUUUGAUAACACAAACACACAAAAUUUGAUGGGUGAGAUGUCUGAGGAAGAGAGGAAGAAGUUUGGUUUUGAUGUAGGAGAAAUUAAUUGGGAGGACUAUAUUUCUAAUGUUCAUAUUCCUGGACUGAGAAGAUAUGUUAUGAAGGGAAGAGGAAUGUGUGCUGAUACUUUAAAAUUUACGGCAGCUAAAGUGUAAAGAAACUGAAUAAAGAAAACAAUAAAAUUAAAAAUAAAAAUGAUGUUUGCUUUGGAAAUUCAGUGUCUCUGAUGCACUGAAGUUAGUAAGCAUAAUAUUUUUGUUCAAAAAUUGGUCAUUUCCAUGGGUGCAUGGGGUCAACAAGG